ACUAAGAAAUCAAGUAGAAGUACAGAGAAAAGAAAAAUAUAAUACACCGUCAAAAAGUAGAAACCUUUUGAGUUGGAAGCAGAAAACAAUGGCGAAUGAGGGUUUCGACGAUGAAUGGGACGCAGAUUUGAUCGACAAGCUCGUCCAAGCCGAAGAGCUUGCCUUAUCCAUCGCCACUCGGCAACAUUUUCCACCUCCACCUCCUCUUCCGCCGCCGCCGCCGCAACUACAACCGCUAGGUCCGCAACCGCACACGGCAGUGUUCGCCGACGUCAGCUAUUCGCCUCCCCGAGAGUUGUCUCAGAGAGUUCCAGAGUUCUCCAAGGUUUUCAAUCAGUCCUCCGAUGUCAACACUUUCUCCGCUGCCGCUGGCCGAGUCACUAUCGCUCCUCGCGGGUCCCACACUGCUAAAGAAGAAGAAAUCGAUAAUUUGAAGAAGGAGCUCGAUCGAAUUUCAAAACAGCGGAAUUUUCUGGAGCAAGAGUGCAUUGAGUUAAGAAAGGAAAAAGAGAAGAAAGAGAAGGAGCACAAGCUUGCUCUUUCGAAGAGUGUGAACGUAAAUACAGAUUCGGGCGUCAACAUCCAACAAGACCAAAGAAAAUCCUUAGAAUGCCAAAAUGCACGCUCUACGAAUGAUCAUGUUAGCUCCAGCACAAAAGUCGGUACAAUAUCCUCUAAAGAUGUUGGGAUCCAGACUGAAAAGCAUGAUGAAUCUAUCAGCUUAUCAGCGGAAAGCGAUUUAUCUGCUACUUUUUGCCGUAGAAACAAGUUGUUGGAUGUAUGGAACUUGUCUAGUGGCCAAAGAUUAGGAAGGCUUCUCAUUUCGAAAUUGUAUGCAACAUGUGAAGUUGAUUUCCGUUUCCUUUCUGGAUACCUGAACGUGAGUUUUCCCUUAAGGACAAGUUUGGAGUCAAAUAUUUCUUUGAAGGAUAAUCUGCAGUACACUCAUUCUGGUGAGAGUGCAAAAGUGUCUCAUCUUUUCUCUAUAUUGACCAAGGUAUAUGCAUUAAGUGAUAUCUCUUUUCACUUUGACUGUACUUCACCUUCAGGUUCCUGCUUCUGAUUAUUUUUGCUUCUCAAGCGUGCAUGCUAACAAUCAUUAACCAAACGAUAGAUCUGUCUCAAUGUCUCAGAUUGUUUUUGUAUGAAUUGGUAUUCCUUAUCUCUGUUACCCAGUUACUGUUUACCUUCCACUCAACCAGGAAAAAGGAAGUUAAGUAAUUGGAAUUUUGAUUUUUCCUAUUUUCACUUGCUUGAACUCUUCACCUCAUAUUCUACACUUUUGACACUUGCUUUAGUCAUGCAUUUAUCUAAAUUAAAGGCAAUUGAACUCUUAAGGGACGCAAUUAAAUGAUACUAUUAUGUUGUGUCGUGUGUAGGAGUCAAAACUAAUAAAGGGUUUCUUGAUAAAGUUGAAAUUAAGUUGAAACUUGUUAAAAAUAUAAAUUAAUGUCUAUUAAAGAUUACAACAUAAUGUUUAGUUUGCAUUACUGUUGAUCGUAUAACUUUUUUUACAAAGUAAUAAAUUUCAUUAAUAGAAGGGCAAAAACUAUGCUUGUGUACAAGAAGUAUACCAAAAAGUAGAAAACCUUAUAAAAAGACAUGAUUCUCUACAAAUGACUUUCAAUCUUAACAUAUAGGAACCUUGUGGUGCCCCAAAAAUAAAUAAUGGAAAGAGGCUACUCGUCAAGUGUUCUAGAUCUUUUUCUACUUCAUCUGAUACGAACUAAUAUACGCGGAAGCAAGAAAUUGAUAAACAAACAACAAUCAAGAAAAGAUAGCAAAUAGAUCCAAAAUUAGAAAGGGAGGGGGAGAGAUUUAGAAUAAAGAAGGGAUAAUCUAACAAUUAAAAUAAUAUUUAAUCAGUAGAAUCAAUACAAGGAAGAAGAGACAUGAACUCAUACAUGGAUCCACACAAUCGGAUCCAUCCAAGCGAGGUUCAAAGAGAGAUACAAGGUAAAACCUUAACAUUAAACUAAACCUAACAUAAAGAGAUUUCAACGUUCAAAGUGAAUAAUCUCUCAAUUCAUCUCAAGCAAUCUACCCUAAAAAUGGAAAUAAGAAGUUAUUUAUACUAGGUAGGUAUUUGAGCUAACAAUGACCCAAAUACCCUGAAGCUAGUGAGAAAAUUAAGUAGGGUUAAAUAACAAAGCUAGCCCAAAUAUCCUUAAUUACAAAUGUAGCCACCAAUCUUCUAACUUGAUCUUUUAAAACACUCCAACGCCAUGAUGUUGAUUUGGAAUCCUCCUUGUUAAGCAUGCUAACAUGGAUUUUAUCACCAUCAAAAGCGUUCCUAUUUCUCUCUCUCCAUUCAAUCCACACGAGUGCUAGAGUAGUGACAUCCAUGCACUAUGUCUUUUCUUCCGUCUGCUGAAAGCGCAACUAUACAUGCAUAGUUUCUUUCACAGUGCAUGACAAUACCCACUCAAGUCCAAAUCACCUCAAAAUUUCCCACCACAAUAUAAGACGCUAACCGACAAUGUAAGAGGAGGUGAUUCAUGUCUUCCCAUGAUUCAUUACACAUGAAGCACCAAUUAAUAUAAGUAAUCUUCCUCUUCACUCAAAAUCUUUCCUCUCAUAGUUAGUCAAAUAAAAUAUACUUUUCUUGGUAUCUUAGUGAUCCAUAAUGAAUUAUAUGGAAAUGCUAGCUCCUUCCUAAACAGAAGCUUCUCGUAAUAGGACUUAACAGAGAAGAUGUCGUUUCCCCUUUCCCUUAUCUCCAUACAUCGUGACUACCUUGUGAAAGUUUUUUACUAUGAAGCAAAUCAAGCAAAAAUAAUUCUUUCACCUCCCAAUCUUGCAAGUUCCUCCUAAACCUCAAGUCCCACUGCACUUCUCUCCAUUGUAGGCUCAAUAGUUAUUGAACUGGCAUCUCCUUUUGACAUGAAAUACCAUGCAUGUUCGGCCAUGUGAUUUUUGGAUGUGUAAGUUCCGCACCAGUCACCACCAAUGUCCCAAAAAAGUUACCCUACUCCCGUUGCCCACCCUGAAUGAAAUGUUCCCAUCUAACUCUUCCCACCCCUUUAAAAUAUUCCCUAUAGCCCAUAGCCGUAGGGAGUGAGACAUCUUUUGUCCUCCACCCCCUUCUAAAACCCCAUACUUCUCUGCAAUCACCCCCUCCUAAGAGCAUCUACCUCCACUCUAGAUCUGUAUAGCCACUUUCCUAAUAACGCCUUGUUAAAAACUCUUAAAUCUUUUAUCCCAAGCCCACCACAACAUUUUGGUGUAGUGACAGUAUCCCAAUUUGCGACGUGACCUAUGUAGCGGAUAUGAACGUGGGGCUUGAUCAGUGUUUUGGAUAGCGUGCGG